AUGAAACGAAAACAAAAGAAUAGACGAAAGCAAGUGAAAAAGAGACAAGACAAGAUUGCAGCUUAUGAAAAUGAGGAAUUUAAGGAUAUUUUCAAAAUUAACCAAGCUUUGAGCAUGAAGGAUUAUGGAUUGCUCAGAGAAAUUGGAAGACAAUCUGGGUUUGUGAGUGACCCAGUGAGAAGAAGAGUGUGGCCCUUUUUAUUACAUUAUUCCGAAAGAAAAGUCAAGAGAGAGGGUUCUUUAAAUAUACCGCAUAAGGAUGAAGAACAAGUCAAACUAGACGUCGCACGAUCCUUCAACGCAUACCCAAAAAACGUAGACGAUCAGGAGAAAGAAAAGCUACAGGGCCAACUUUACCGAGUGAUCAUUCACGUUUUACGAUCUUACCCGUCAUUACAUUAUUAUCAGGGAUUCCAUGAUAUCUGUUCUGUAUUUUUACUUUUAUUUGGUGAGAAAUACGCAUGUCAACUAAUGGAGCGUGUAGCUCUGUUUUAUCUGAGAGAUGCCAUGUUUGCCACCUUGGAUCCUGUGAUGAAGCAGUUGACAAUGAUUGAUAGCCUCAUUCGAUUAGAGGAUAAUGAGUUAUACGAAUUUAUAAUGGAGGCAGGUGUCUUACCUUACUAUGCUCUCUCAUGGGUCAUAACCUGGUAUAGUCAUGAUUUAAGCGAUCUUGAAAAGAUAACUCGACUCUUUGACCUCAUUUUAUCCUCCAAUCCACUCAUGCCGGUUUAUGUUGCCACGGCAACAGUGUUAUCCAAACGCAAGCAGGUACUCGCCCUUCCCUGUGACACAAGCACGGUCCACAGUUUCUUGACAAAUCUUGCUUCUGAUACAGAUGUCGAUGCUGUGUGCGAACAAGCACAUGCACUUGAGGCUCGGUAUGGUGUAUAUGAGCUUCAGUCUCUCAGUACGAUCCCUCUAGAUCAGUUUUCUGUCGUCAACCGGUUUGAACAGGAUUACUUGUCGAUUGACACAUUAGAGAAAUAUAAUGAAAAAGUCUCCGAAGUGAUACGAAUAACAAGACUAGAAAAAUAUGAUAAACCGAUUGAAUUAGCCGUGAUAAAGCCACAUGAGGCUACUCAAUCAACGCUGAACAAACUAUUGAUGCAUAAGGAGAUAUAUACCGUAUUCACUAUUGGAGCAAGUUUAAGCAUCCUUGCACUUUGGAUAGCAAAUUCAGGAUUAAUAAGGUAA